CUCUUGCGCAAGGCACGGACCGAUGGAGUGCAGGACACGAUGGGCGCAGGCGCACGCGGCCCGCACGCAGCCACGCUCUCGAGUGGGCGGCGGCCUGGAAUUCUGGGAAGGUCCCUCUCCUGAGAAGUCAAGCGCUCGAGCGGCACCGGGGCGCCAGCCGUCGGGCAUGUCGCGGCGAAGCGAUACCUCAGGCGGCCGGCUGUGCUUCGCCUCGUGCGCCCGCUCGCUCGCCGUCCGAGCGGCAUCUGGCCUGCGAGCGGCUCGUGAGGCAAGAAGAUGGCACCACCGCCUAUAAGAUCUGGCCCGCCGAUGCCUCGCUCUCGCUGGACCACAUCCUCUCCGUUCUCCGUAUUUCCUCAGCCCACCCUCUACCGUCUUUUCUCCUUCCGCCAUGAACUACCUUCAGCUCGUCGUGCUCGCCAUGGCCCUCGCGGCGCCGGCCGUCGAGGCAGCAAGCAAGAAGACGUGCGUGCCCAAGGGCGCCGACAAGACGACCGCGUGCAAGAGCCUUUCCAAGGGCGGCCUCGUCAACCUCAACCUGCUCGGCUGCUCGUCGACGGACAUCUCGCCCGACAUCUCGGCGCUGCGCCGCGACGCCCACCUGCGCCGCCGCCAUGCCAACGCCACGCGCCAGGCUGCCGCCACGACGACAGAGCUGUGCAACUCGCUCAGCGAGGCCGGCCUCAUCAACCUGUCGGCCCUCGGCUGCUCGGCUACGAACGUCUCGCCCAGCAUCGACGUGCUGAAGCGUCGUCACGAGAAGCGUGACGCCCUCUGCGAGACGCUCUCCCAGGCUGGCCUCGCCAACGUCGCGCUCCUCGGCUGCUCGCAGACGGAGGUGUCGCCCACGGUCGACAUCCUGCGCAAGCGCAACGACCUCUGCGCCCGCAUGGCCAGCCACGGCCUGCACGCACGCGACCUCGGCUGCGAGGGCCUCGUCGCCCGUGCCAACGCCGUCGACGACGAGCUGCGCGAUGCCCAGUGCAACGACCUCAGCCAGGCCGGCCUCAUCAACCUCUCGCUCUUCGGCUGCUCCGAGAAGGCACUGCUCGAGCUCAACGACCUCACCCGUCGCCAGACCUGCUCGUGCCCGCCCACCAGCGGCGGCAGCAACCCGCCCUCGGGUGGCAGCAACCCGCCCAGCGGCGGCGGCAGCAACCCGCCCUCGGGCGGCGGCAGCAACCCUCCUUCGGGCGGCGGCAGCAACCCGCCCUCGGGCGGCGGCAGCAACCCUCCUUCGGGCGGCGGCAGCAACCCUCCUUCGGGCGGCGGUAGCAACCCUCCUUCGGGCGGCGGCAGCAACCCGCCCUCCGGCGGCGGCAGCAACCCGCCCUCCGGUGGCGGCAGCAACCCGCCGUCGGGCGGCGGCAACACGCCCGAGUGCGUCCCGCCGAAGGACGGCGGCAACGGUGGCGCUAACACGCCCAGCGGCGGCGAUGACAACGACGACUGCGACCAGACGUCCGAGCAGGUGUGCAACACGCUCUCGAAGGCCGGCCUCGUCUCGCUCGACAUUCUCGGCUGCUCGCAGAUCAAGGUCGACCCCACGAUCAAGAUCGGCCAGAGCCUCCUUGGCUCCAACACCAAGGGCUCGUCGCUCGGCAGCCUCUUCGGCGGCAUCUAAGCUACCCUCGCGCGCUGUGCGCGCUCUGUGUGCUUCUACGCUUCUUAGCUGGUCUGCUGCGCUUUCUCGGAACCUUGUCACCGUCGGCUGCUCUUCCGCGCCUGUCCAUACUGCCGUCCGCCCCUCUAUUUGCUUCACCGUCACCGCCUCACGGCGGCACCCCACGCUCUUUGCUUCUCAACCAUACCUUAUGGCGCCCCA